GGAAGCAUUUCAUUCUCCUCUUGUGUGUAAACUGUUGAGUUUUCGUCUUUGACUGUAAAGACCCACAUCCACAGGUACAAACUGAACUUCCAGGUGAUGGCACUGAUGUUCCGCUCGUCCUUGACUCUCAUCUGUGUGAAGUAAGCAUUCCCACAAAGCUGCUUCAACUGGAAAAUCUCUGGGAUUUCAUCACUUCCAUUGUGAGAAUGCUCCCUGUCCUACAACUCCUGGUCCUGGUGGCGUCCGUCAUGGCGGCUCCAAAGGUCAGGAAAGCCCAGGACGUCAGAGUGGACGACAUCAACAUUUUUAUGACGAUGGCGUGGCAAGUAGCCAACCACAUACACCCCAAUUCCAGCUGCUAUGUGUGCGGUCUGAUGCCUUACACAGCUGGAGAGGGUUUACCCCUUAUGGCCUUGCCUGCAUCCGACUGCGACACCUGCCACCUGAUGCACAUUCCCUUGUCUCAGUCUUACUCUCACCCUGAUUGUCCACGACUCUCCAAAAUGAGACCUCUAAACUGCUCUGGAGGACACAUCAACUGCCAGAGGUGUGUGCAAACCCCAAAGCCUGUUCCCGUACUCGUCGUCCCCCAGCCGUUCCCUUGGUGCCUUGAGAAUGACGGCGAGAGCCCAGUGGGAGAAUCGCACUGUCUCCGCACUUUUAAAUGGGACCCAAAGCAAACCAGUUUUGACUUUAAACCGCUGGAUUCUGCACCCGAGCAUUGUUUGGAGGCAGCAGGCCGCGGUCGCCUCAAUGCUUUGGCUCACCGCACAGCGAGCUGCUCCAUCUCCUCUCCCGAAGGAAUGUACUGGGUGUGUGGAAACCUGGGGUACCCGUAUCUUCCUGUGGAUUACAGGGGACGCUGCGGCCUGGCGUACGUUGUCCCGGCUAUGAGAGUGGCUCACUCUCUACCCCAGAAACCUCUUGUUAAUCGAACACGGCGCGGAUUGUCAGACAUCUUUGGGACCCAUCACCAGUCGCCUUUCAAGAACAUACUCGGCCCCCUUCUUCCUUUUUACGGGGUCAUGUCUGCGUUGGAUCAAAUUGCCGACCUUUCUCAUGCCAUAGAGUUUAUCGCUAAUGAAACCGGUAGGGCCCUCAUGCUCCUGUCGAGCGAACUCGCCUCUGUUCGACUUGUGGCUUUGCAGAACAGAGCAGCUUUGGAUUUUCUUUUAGCAGUUCAGGGAGGAACUUGCGCCGUCAUCGGCUCCGAGUGUUGCACCUUCGUUCCUGAUUACAACGCUACGAUCAGGGACAUAGUCAAUCACCUUCAUGACACUGCCAACGCUGUUCACCAGGACAGCAGCUCUCCAUCCGACUGGAUCAGCUCUAUGCUUGGAUCAGUGAGUCAUCACAUCAUCCAAGUUGUGAUUAUUUUGGCGGUUGUCAUAGUAAUGUUGUCAUUGUUUAUAUCAUGUGUGAAACGGUUCCUGUUCGGUUAGUGCAAAGUUAAAAAAUAUAAACUUUUUAUUAAUUCCUUGCCCUUAUGUGGGAUUUAAGCCAUUUUUUAGGCAUGAAUUCUGGAGAAUGGGAAUCUGGACUUUCAUGUUCACAAAAACCUGCAGGAUGAAGUGUUAAAGUCCACUGUGGAGAUCACAUUUUUGUUUUCAGCAUAUCAACACCAGCAUUUGCUCUUAUCACCAAAACUCUCUUGAGAUCAGUGUCUUCUACACAUAUGGCACCGCUCCUUCCUCUUCAGAUAUUUUUAUUCUUUUGUUUUGUUAUUUUCAUUUUGUGUCAUUUUAGUGCCCAGUGGCUCACAUGGACUUACAGAGUUCUUACCAGGAGGCAGUUCAGAGGAACUCUCCUCUCACUGACAUUUGCGUUCUCACAUCCAGUCCCUCCACAGAAUGUCACGAGGAUAUGUCUGCAGUUUUUUGUUGCUUCGCUCUGGUUCUGUCAGCCAAGACGAAGAAAUAUCACUCAUCCCUUUACAAUGACUCAUUGUGAUGUUUUUUUGAUUUGUCGAUGUGUUUAUUGUUAUAAUGUGGUUUGACUGGAUGUUGUUUUUGCUGGAAUAAUAAAGAUACUGAAUCCUACAUGAACA